AUGGAUCAGAUUGAAAUGCUCACUACUAAUCGACACAUUACUUCGGUAGAACGUGUGGCUGUUGACAUCCCAAUGCAUAACGACUCUGAACUAUUUUCGAACGCACAGUCUACGUCCGAGAUCUAUGAUGAAACAAAAGAGAAGGAUCAACUCAGCAUUUCGAACACUUCACAGGAGCUAAAACGUUCCAUUUUUGGAAUACCGAGCGGCAUUCUUCGCAUCUUCUUAUCUUCUACAUCUAUUUGUAUCAUGAUGGCUAUUGGAAUUAUCAUCGUUUGCUUAACUGCACCAAAACCGAAAGUAUCGACAUGCGGAUUAAAUUUCGUGCGAACGGGAACAAAUCCCAUUGAAUAUAACUAUGGACCAGUAUCCGUUGCUAUCGGUGACUUUAAUCUGGAUACUUGGAUCGAUAUGGUCAUUGUCAAUUCGAUUGUUAGUCGAAUCGGAGUUUAUUUUGGAAAUUCGAAUGGAACUUUUGUCAAAGAAUACGAGUAUUCAACUGGCAUCAAUUCUCAUCCGAUAUUGCAGAUUCAUUUGNCCGGUGUCAAUUCUCAUCCAUCGUCAGUUGCUGUUGCAGAUUUCAAUUCGGAUGGAUUCGUUGAUAUUGCUGUUAGUAACUAUGGUACGAAUAUGACUUAUGUACUUUUAAAUGAUGAACAUGGAAACUUUUUGGAGCGAACAUCGUAUUCGAUCGAUUCUUCUUCGCCAUACUCGAUCGGCGUCGGAGAUCUCAAUGGUGACGGUCGAUUGGAUAUAUUCACUGUUAAUAUCGGACUGAACGACAUUGCUUCACUUCUCGGUUUGGGUGAUGGUAGUUUUUCCAAUGCAAUGAUGAACACAACUGGAUCUACUUCGUCUAUCUCGUUUGUUUUAUGUGAUUAUAAUAAAGAUAAUCGGUUGGAUGCAAUCGUCGUUAGUAAUGACACUGGAAGUAUUGAACUUCUCAAAGGAUAUUUUGCAGGCUUUCCAUCAUACGUAAAGUACGAUGUUGGGUACAAUCCGACGACUGUAGCUGUCAAUGAUUUGAAUCAUGACGGAAUAUUAGAUAUGAUACUUCUUAGUAACACAAAUGAUAUGAUGAUGGUGUCUUUUGGAUAUGGUAAUGGAACAUUCCAAAGUCCGAAUCUCUAUGCAACGAACGAAAAUCCAUAUUCCUUAGCGAUGGGUGACUUUAAUAACGACACAAAUAUAGACGUAGUUGUUGCCAAUCGUGAUAGUCAUAAUAUUUGUGUAUAUCUUGGUAAUAGUGACGGUACUUUUGAAACUCCAUCGAACUAUUCAACGGGCUCCCGGCCAGUGUUCGCAGCUGUUGGUGAUUUUAACAACGAUCACCGUCUAGAUAUUGUUGUUGCCAAUUAUGGUAGCAGUAGUGUGAGCGUCUUCUUAGGAUACGGCAACGGCAGUUUUAGAACUCAACGAAGAUACUCAAGUGGCUAUAGACCAUAUUGCGUAGCAAUAAGUGACUUUAAUAAUGAUAAUCAAGUCGACCUGGUUGUUGUCAACUAUAGUAACAAAACUAUAACUGUUCUUGCAGGAUAUAACAAUGGAAGUUUUGGAAAUCCAACAACAUAUAGAACUGGUACACGCCCAUACUUUGUGGCGGUUGCUGACUUGAAUAAUGACAGCCGAAUGGACAUUGUUGUUGCUAAUCAUAUAAGCGAUACGGUGAGUGUUAUGUUAGGAGAUCGUAACGGUACCUUUGCAACACAAGUUACAUAUGGAGUGGGUAGCUCACCAGAAUGGAUAGUUAUUGUCGAUGUAAAUAAUGACACACGAUUAGAUCUUAUUGUCACUUGUUCUGGAGUAACAAGUGUGUACAUUUUAUGUGGACUCGGUAAUGGUUCGUUCGAAGCUGCAGUGACAUAUCGUAUGUACUCGAACGCACAAUCUGUAGCAGUUGGAGAUUUGAAUGAUGAUAAACGGCUGGACUUAAUUCUAACAGACAACAGUGGUACCAAAGUAAUUAUAUUACUUCAGUCUAAUACAGGUGCUCUGGCAACCGGCUUAACAUAUGCACCUGGUGGUGGUUCCAAAUUACAGUCGAUGGCCAUCUUCCGCCUGAAUAACGAUACUCGAUUAGACAUGGUUGUUGCAAAUUAUGGUACUGAUGAUAUUUCAAUUCUGUUUGGUAGUGACAAUGAGACCUUUCUCAAUCGACUCACGAUUGACAUGGAAUCGAAUUCUCAACCUACAUCAGUUGCUAUUGGUCAUUUCGAUGAUGAUUCUCAAUUAGAUAUUGCAGUAGCCCUUUCUGGUCCUCGUCAAGUUGGAAUCUUACUUGGAGAUGGUCGAGGAUCUUUCAUCCGUCAAAAUACCUACCAGUUUCCUUCUGAAUCUCGGCCGUUCGUUAUUUCCCCUGGAGAUUUUAAUAAUGAUGGACGAACAGAAAUUGUUGUUGGAUACGAUGAUAGUGAUGAGAUAGACAUACUUACUGUGUUCAAUUCUGGAUCGUUUGCAGAUCCACAGACAUAU